ACUGAAUAGCAGUCAUCAUCCUGUUUGCAGAUGGCAGAGCGAGAAGAAACUAAUUGCCUCGCGUAUGUGUAUGGCUCAUUGCAAAGAGCGCGAGUGCUUCUGACAUGAUUCGACUGGGGCAGAGAGGACACUAUUUCGAUUCUUCUAACAAUCUAUUAGGUUAAUGUUGGAGCUCUUGGAAAUCACUGAGCGUCUGUCAGUUCUCUCGGUAGAAUGAAAACUCAUGUUUCUAUUCUAAAAGUUAAUCUGUUGGCAUUGCAUAUAUGCGUGUGUGGCCUGCUUGCAUCAUGUGUAAACAUCUGAAGGCUGGACACAAUAUUGCGAUUUCACUAUCUUUUCUCCGUCACAAUUUGAGCCCAUAUUAUCUUAAUCGUUGUGUUUGGGUCCCAAGCUCUAAAUCUCUCAUCUCAUACUCCUGUAGUAAAUCCCGAAAGGCACAAUCUUUCUAAUUCAUCCCAUCCGUCAAUCAUGUUUUGUAUAUUUCUAUUUAAUACGGAUUGUCCUCGUCUCUUGCACAGGAUUAUAUUCUAAUGAAAGCAGCUUUCCCAUCCAAUUUCUGCAGCUUUAGGCUGAAAGUAUUGCACAAUAGUGAUAGUAAGAAAACACGUCUUGUGCUGUAGAUAGUAUUUUAGAUUCAUUGAGAACAAAAAUGGAGAAAUGUGGUUUUGCGUUUGCAGCUGUAAUUUAGCUCUCUUUCUUUUGUUGUGACUGGCUCAGAAGAUAGAGCGGGUCGUCUAUCAGAAGAUAGAGCGGGUCGUCUAUCAGAAGAUAGAGCGGGUCGUCUACUAAUCAGAAGAUAAGCGGUUUGAUCCCCGGCUCUUCCAGUCUGCAUGUCAAACUGUCCUUGGGCGAGAUACUGAACCCUAAAUUGCCAUCGGUGUGUGAAUGAGCUUCAGUUUAUCUGGAUGGGCAUAAACUUUGUAUGGCAGCCUCUGCCAUCAGUGUAUGAAUGCGAGUGUGAAUGUGGUAAAUGUUGACAUGAGUGGGCGGACAACUUGAAAGGCCCUCUUCUCAAAGUGCAUUUAAUUUACCAUUUCAAUUAAUUUGCUCCCAUGAGCGUUUUCAACUCAGCCUACAACACCGGUGGAGUAAAUUCUUUAAUCAUUUGCAUUAUUCACAAUUGACUUGUGUGUGUGUGUGCUAAAUGUUAACAUUUCAGAUGGGAAAUGCUUCAGACACAUCUGCUGUGUUUGCCUCCACCAUCUCCAAGGAGCACGACAUCCUCAUGGGUUCACUCUACAGCGUCUUUUGUGUUCUGUCCCUGAUGGGCAACUGCAUUCUGCUACUUGUUGCGUAUCACAAGCGGUCGACCUUGAAGCCAGCUGAGUUCUUCAUCAUCAAUCUCUCCAUCAGUGACCUUGGGAUGACGCUCUCUUUAUUCCCAUUGGCAAUACCAUCGGCUUUUACACAUCGGUGGCUGUUUGGAGAAAUCACCUGUCAGCUCUACGCCAUGUGCGGAGUACUGUUUGGUCUAUGCAGCUUGACCAACCUCACAGCCCUCUCUUUAGUGUGCUGCCUUAAAGUCUGCUUCCCCAACCACGGUAACCAGUUCUCCUCGUCGCACGCCCGCCUCCUGGUCGUUGGAGUGUGGUGUUACGCAUCCGUGUUUGCUGUUGGGCCCUUGGCUCAGUGGGGACAUUAUAGCCCUGAGCCUUACGGCACAGCCUGCUGCAUCGACUGGCAGGCACCGAACCACGAGUUUUCAGCUUUGUCUUACAUCGUCUGCCUUUUUGUUUUUUGCUACGCACUGCCCUGCACCGUCAUUUUCCUUUCCUACACUUUCAUUCUGCUGACAGUGCGGGGGUCCCGUCAGGCCGUCCAGCAGCAUGUGACACCACAGACCAAGACCACCAAUGCACACACUCUCAUCGUCAAGCUGUCAGUAGCAGUAUGUAUCGGCUUCCUGGGUGCCUGGACUCCAUAUGCUGUCGUGGCCAUGUGGGCUGCUUUCGGAGACGCCACGCUGGUUCCUCCUGAUGCAUUCGCCUUCGCCGCCGUGUUUGCCAAAUCUUCUACUAUCUACAACCCUAUUGUCUACCUGCUGUGUAAGCCCAACUUCCGCGAGUGUCUCUACAGAGACACUACGAUGUUGCGACAGAGGAUCUACAGGGGAAGUCCACAGUCGGAGCCCAAAGCACAUUUCGGAUCAAGCUUGCAGCGCAACAAGGACAUGAGCGUCUCCAUGCGCUUCUCAAAUGGACAGCAGGAGAGCUACGGGGCAUGUCUGCACUGCACUGAGAAUACAGCGCCGUGUCAUGUGACAACACCCCAAAGGACCGCCUGCAUCCUGACUGAAUCCACAUACAGAGAGGUGACAGUUAGCCAGCUCUCUGACAAACCACAGGCUGAUUUCCUCUAGUGGUACAACCUCCUUCUUUCAUGAAGCAAACCAGACAGGACAGGUGCAGGGAAUACAACACAACAAAGGGCCUUCACAAGUUAAAUGGAGUGAGUGUCAACGAGACCUAUAGAAUAACAAAACACAGGCUUGCAUGGACCUUCAGUGGCAUCCGUCCCAAAAGUCACUCAUGAAAGUCAUUGAGAAAGGCCUAAGAUUCAAAGAAUCCACACUGGGUUUUACGUCAUCGGAGAAGAUUUGACACAGAAAUGUAAGCGUGAAAUGUCUUAAUGCCUACGUCUGUGUCAGCUUGGUUCCGGUUUAAUUUGAAUGUGCAAUUUAAAUGGAUUUUUCAAGGGCAGAAAAACGAUACAUGAGAAGCCCUGCUGGCGUCAAGGUUAAUUAGGCAAAAGAGUGACAUUUCAAAGCAGCUCAUCAUCUAUUGCAUACAGCAGGAACAUACUGCUUCAUGUCGGGAUAAACAGCGUUCAGCGUUCAACAAAACACAUUGUGAGAAAAUAAAAAAAAUGAUGUAGAAUUAUUGUAAAGAAGAUGAACAACUUGUUUAUGUUGCUUCCUGCGAUAACAAGACAAACAGGCUAAUGUGUAAUUAAGAUCAACUUCUGUUCAGGUUUCAGCACACAAAGGACAGCUGGUUGGUGAAGUGCUACUCAACCCAAAAUGAACAAGUAUUCACCCCCUAUGGCCUUGAAUGUUUCUAUGGACAUUUUGUCCUCGUCACCAGUGGAAUCCAUUUUUGACAGAUUUGGAGUAUCAUUUUACUAAACAGGCUCCACUGUGCCAUGUAGCCAUUCUACUGUAGAUUGACAGACAAAACAGAGUUCUAACAAAAAAUAGAACUAGAGGUCAGCAUCACCUCAUGUUUGUUCACAUUCAUUUUCACUGAAAUUGAGACAAAUCGAUCCCUUUCUUUUGGAGGAGCCUUAAGUGUCAUGUUAGUUGUGGGACCCCUCUCUUCUUCAGACCUCUUAGUUGUUACAUUAGAUUAAUACUCACGCAGUAACUACCAACAUGAGUGACACCUGUUAAUUAACAUCAUUUCACAGGACGUUUUCAGGUCUGUUCAGGAACCAAGUGGAACGAGGGGAAGUUGUAUUUUUUGUGUCCAGGUGACAAACAAUUGUAAAUAGGAUUUUAGCUGUGAGAAUGUUUGAAGGUCCUUGGUUACAAAUAAUAAUUUUCUUAUUGAUGUUUUCAAUAAUGUCUUUGAUUAUUAUAAAUUGACAGAGAGGCACACACAGAAGUGUCAAUAAACUAACGCAUAUUCGAUUAUUUAUGCUGUUUUUCGUCGUCUACUCCUUAUUUUUAAUUUAGAAUUCAUGCGCAUUUACUAAAAUAAAUAAAUUUUGUAUUUUAGUCCGUUUUAAAAAAAACCCCACGUCUGAUCCUGCAAAUAUGUAUCAAAAGACUGACAAUUUAGUUUUCUAUAAUCAGAAGUCAAACAGCAUUUUGUUAUAUUUAAGUCUGCUCUCCGUUUUUAAUGGUAUUGUCCUUUGUGGCUUCAUGUACGCAUUUAAAGAAAAACAAACUAAGUGU